AUGUCACAAGGUUAUAGAGUGUCAACGGGUAGAGGAGGUGCAGGUAAUAUGCAUUUCUCAAAUGAAAAGAUUUCAUCACCAAAAAUCAUUCCUGAAGGUUCACAGACGCCAAACAUUUUAUCUCCAGUUUAUUCGACAGGUAGGGGUGGAGCAGGCAAUAUGAGGAAAAAUAUUGAUCCCACUAUAACCAGAAAAGCACAGGAUGUGGGAGAUGUACCGGUACCCCACCAUCAUCAUCAUCAUCUUAAUAAUAAUAAUAAUAAUAAAAAUAAUAACAAUAAGAAACUCAAUAAGCAUACGGAUAAAGAUAAAGAUAGGGAUAAAGAUCUUAGUAGCAAGAAUCCUGACGUUAGUUAUAUGGAUACUAUUGAAAAUACCAUAACUGAUUUGGAUGUAGCUAAUGAACCCUUUAUUGCUUCUUUGGAAAAUAAUACAAUGGAACCGUUGAAUAGUCGUCAUAGUCAAUUUUUGUAUCAGAUUACUCGUACCCAUACGAGAAACAGUAAUGAGGAGGAGGAGGACGCUAUCAUUAUAGAUGAAGAAGACUAUAUUGCACCAAUCACCAAUGAGGAUUUAUUCGAAGAUAAUAAUAAUAAUAAUAACAUAUCUAAAGUUACCAACGUGUUAAGCAAGAUUAGAUCGCAUAUUAGUCCUGUGACAUCUUCAAAUAAAGAUACGAUUAACCAACAGGAGAAGGUUAAAUUUAUGAACACUGAUCCAAAACAACAUCAUUAUCGCAGUGGUAAUGGUACUAAACUUCGGUUGGUUAAAACCAUCUCUCAUUCAAAAGAUGGUUCGCCAAAGACUAUCACAUUGAAGAAAAGUCGGAGGAAAAGUAGUCACGGAGGUAAUAAAUCACCACCCCCAAUUGUCAUUGGUAGAGGUGGAGCAGGAAAUAUUGUGUCUCCGAUAAACACAAAUAGUAAUCAUAAUCCCAAUGUCUCCGUAUCGAAUUCAAAUAAAAAGAAAUCAUCAUUCUCAUCACCGUCAUCAUCCUUAUCAAAAGAUAAAAAUAACAGUAAUAAUAAUAUUCCAUCCCAAAACAAGGAAAAAAAAGGUUUCUUAUCAUAUAUAAUGAACAUAUUUGCAUAA